AAGCAACGUUUAAGAAACCUGAGGGUAAAAAAGCCUACAAAACAUUAAGCAUGCUAAAAAAGAUUAAAAAUAGCAAAAAAAAAGGCAGUCUUUCUAGCAAGAAAAAAGAUAAAGCGUUUAACGCUUUUUCUAUUACGCCUUCUUAUUCAUUAAUAUGAAACUAAUUCUAGUAGUACUAUUUUCUACUUUACCAAUUAUAGAAACAGCAGGCAACACUCCUGUGAGCUCCUUGUGCAGUGAGAAAUUUUUAGGCGAGUGUAGUGCUCAAGCGCAUUUAAAAAAUAUAUCGACAACAUCAAAAAUCAGGAUUCCCAAGAAAACUAAUGAGCCAAUAGAGACCUGCUUAACAUCAGCAAAAAUCUUAUUGAUAUCAAGUAAUAUAAAAUCUUCUUUGUUUACAACUGGGGUUGAGCAAGGAUUGGCACCAAAUACAGUGAUGAGAUUAAUUAAUAUAUAUAAAAAUAUAGAUGUAAAUUUUAAAAAAGAUAUCACACCUGAAAGCAAGUUAGAGGUUUUACUUGAAAGAUCUUCUGAGCAUAAAAAUGGUAAAGAAAAGAUUUUAUAUACUUCACUCACAAUUCAUAACAAAGUUAUUAACUUAUACUACUAUAAGUCGCAGGAUGGCAAGGAAGGACAUUUUGAUAAAGAAGGAAUCACUCUAAAAAAUAAUACUUUUUUCAUCAAGCCUUUAAAUGAAGAUUAUCGUAUAUCUUCAAAGUUUGGCAAUAGAAAACACCCUAUUCGCGGUCAUACCGCUUUUCAUAAAGGAGUAGACUAUGCAACUAAAUUUGGCACUCCUAUAUACGCUACUGCAGAUGGAAAUAUAGAUUACAUAGGGAAUAAUGGUGAUUAUGGUAAGUACAUAAGAAUAAAACAUAAAGAUGACUAUACAACUUGUUAUGCGCACAUCAGCAAAUUUAACGACAAUAUAAAAUUAGGUUCUAAAGUCAAACAAGGUCAAGUUAUUGCUUACGUUGGUAGUACGGGUAAUGCAACGGGCCCUCAUUUGCACUAUGAAAUCAUACAUCAUAAUAAACACAUUGAUCCGCUCGUACUAGAGCAUAAAAUAGAGACAAAAUUAUCCGGUCACGAAUUAACAAAAUUUAAAUUAUUUAUUGAUAAGAUUGAUAAAGUAAUCAAUAAUAGGGUUAAUGCAAAAACUUAAACAUAGUAUGGAAAGUACUAUAAUAAAUGACAAGAGGUUAAAUCACUCAAGUUUGUUUUCUAUAAUAAUAUUAGGAAUAACUAUAUUAUUAUUCAUUUCCUACGUGACGUACCAAAACAUUAUCGAGUACCAGUUAUUCAUAAUAGUGGUUAUCCUUUUUGGGUUUNCAUACUAGAGCAUAAAAUAGAGAUAAAAUUGUCCGGUCAUGAGUUAACAAAAUUUAAAUUAUUUAUUGAUAAGAUGGAUAAAGUAAUCAAUAAUAGAGUUGAUGCAAAAACUUAAACACAGUAUGGAAAAUGCUAUAAUAAAUGACAAGAAGCUAAAUCACUCAAGUUUGUUUUCUCUAAUAAUAUUAGGAAUAACUAUAUUGUUAUUCAUUUCCUGCGUGACAUACCAAAACAUUAUCGAGUACCCGUUAUUCAUAAUAGUGGUUAUCCUUUUUGGGUUUGCAGCAUCUUUUGUUAUUACAGGAU